GGCGCGCUGCAUUAACCCUCGCCGCCGGCCGGCUGCUGCUGCGCCCGGGCUCCUUCUCAUCCUCUGCCUUCUGCCGAGCCUGGGCGGGCUGGGCGUCCGCCGUGUCCUCGGGAGCCCCCUGCUUGCGUGGCUCUGAAGAGGAUUCAAGUUGUGUGACCCACAGAGUCUCAUGAAGAAAGUCCAGUCUACUGUGCCAUCAUCCUCACCAAAGAGCAUGGAGAAGGUGAUAACAGAUAGGCCUCUGUCUGUGUCCAAGGAUGAAGUGCCUACACUUCUUUCCCAGGACAAGCCAGAUGCAAACUCAUGCCCUCAUGCAGCUGGCAAAUAUUUUCAGCCUGGUGGGGUGGACAAUGAGAACUGCAAGGCUAAGGAGAAGGAAAGAGAGUGGAUCCGCCCUGAUGCACCUAGCAAGUGUACAUGGAAGCUUGGGAAGCCCCUCUCUGCCUCCCCACAUCGUCAUACCACUCUGCCAGAGCCUCUGAAAAUCCUGCCAAGCAUCCUGAAUAAAGUUGGCAAUACACCUUUAGUGCGAAUCAACAAGAUUGGGAAGCAGUAUGGGCUCAAGUGUGAACUCUUGGCAAAAUGUGAAUUCUUCAAUGCUGGGGGAAGCGUGAAGGACCGCAUCAGCCUGAGGAUGGUAGAGGAUGCUGAGAAGGCUGGAAUCUUGAAGCCUGGGGACACUAUCAUAGAGCCAACCUCUGGAAACACAGGAAUUGGGCUGGCCUUGGCUGCAGCGGUGAAGGGUUACCGCUGUAUCAUUGUGAUGCCAGAGAAAAUGAGCAUGGAGAAGGUGGAUGUUCUAAGAGCACUGGGUGCUGAAAUUGUGAGGACCCCAACUACUGCCAGAUUCGAUUCUCCUGAGUCUCACGUGGGAGUAGCGUGGAGGCUGAAAAAUGAAAUCCCAAACGCACACAUACUUGACCAGUACCGUAAUGCCAGCAACCCUCUGACGCACUAUGACACCACAGCUGAAGAGAUCCUGCAGCAGUGUGAUGGAAAAGUAGACAUGCUGGUGGCUGGGGCUGGCACAGGAGGUACUAUCACUGGUGUCUCCAGAAAGCUAAAGGAGAAGUGUCCAGGUUGCAAAAUUAUAGGUGUUGAUCCUGAAGGGUCCAUCCUUGCUGCACCAGAAGAACUGAAUAAGACUGACCAGACAACGUAUGAAGUGGAAGGAAUUGGCUAUGAUUUUGUCCCCACGGUGUUGGACAGAUCCGCUGUGGACCAGUGGUACAAGAGCAAUGAUGAGGAGUCAUUUGCUUUAGCACGCAUGCUGAUCCGAGAGGAAGGGCUUCUGUGUGGUGGCAGCUCAGGCAGUGCCAUGUCUGUAGCUUUGAAGGCAGCCAAAGAGCUGAAGGAAGGUCAGCGCUGUGUUGUUAUCCUCCCUGACUCCAUCAGGAACUACAUGACCAAGUUCUUGAGCGACAAGUGGAUGAUUCAGAAAGGGUUCAUGAAAGAAGAAGAUGACCUUGUCAAUAAACCUUGGUGGUGGAACAUCAGCGUGCAGGAGCUAAGCCUCUCUGCUCCCCUGACUGUGCUUCCAACUGUUACCUGUGCAAAGACUGUUGAAAUUCUCCGGGAGAAGGGAUUCGACCAGGUACCAGUUGUUGAUGAAUCUGGGGUGAUUCUGGGCAUGGUGACCCUGGGUAACAUGCUUUCUUCACUGCUUGCUGGAAAAGUUCAACCUUCUGAUGAAGUCAGAAAAGUCAUCUACAAGCAGUUUAAACAGACAGAAAAUCAAGCAGCAGGUGGAAAUGUGAUUAACCUGAAAGACAACUUGGGGAAACUCUCUCAUAUCCUGGAAAUAGACCAUUUUGCUCUAGUGGUUCAUGAACAAAUUCAAUACCACAGUGAUGGUUCCUCUAGCAAGCGCCAGAUGGUGUUUGGCAUCGUUACAGCCAUUGACUUGCUUAACUUUGUGACUGCACGGGAACGGGAAAGAAAGUACAACUGAGCUCACAUAGCAGCGUGGAACCUCUUCAACAACACGGUGCAAUCUCCAGCAAAGAAUCAGGUUUAUUUCUUUGGUACAAUGUUCUCUCCCUAGGGUUUGUGGUUUUGUUUUUCCCAAUUGUGAUAAUGAGCAGUUAACUAUCCUGGUGGCACCUAUACAGCCGGCACAUUUUGCUGCAUUGCACAGCUUCUGGGGACUUAAUUGGGUUAGGCAAGAUUUCUUUAUCAAGAUAUGCUAUUUUUUACCUCUCUCUCUAUAUUUGUGUGUAUGUCUGAAAAUAUUGCCUACAUUAACUGGUGUGUUCCUUACACACCAGUCUAAAGUCUCGCUUUCCAAAGCCUUGUUUCAGAUUCAUUACAUGUGUUGAAAUAAAGAGUUAUUGAAGCAGAGGCCCAAGGGAGACCUGGGAAGUUUUGGAUUGCUUGGGGUUUCCUUUCACACGAGAGUGUUAAGUUGGGUAAUAUCUAUGUGAAGACAAAAGUGGGACAGGGGUGUGAAGAGAAUGAAGGAGGGUUUCCUUUUCAGUCCCACCAGUGUAAAACAGGAACAAAUCCAGAAGGCUGGAGUUGAGGCUUGUUCCAGCUAGCUGCUCUGAGGACAAACUGGCUUGAGCAGAAGCCUGACAGCAGAGUGACCAAGUGAUGCCUUUGUUGUACAUGAUGCACCAGCUUGCACUGCAGAGACAGCCCUUUCUCCUUUUUUCCAAUUGCACUCUGAUACGUAAGCACAAGUGAAAAGAUUAAAAGUAAGAUCAAGCUUCUUGCCUGGAGCUUUCUGAAAAUCAUGCUGUUUCAUCUACCACCGUCCCCUUACUUCUCCACCUUCUUAGUUAUCUUUAAGUGCUGCUUCUUAUGCGUGUUUUAGAAGAGCCAAAGGUAAUCUGUCAAGAGCUGUAAAUUCUUUCAUGUCCUGUUCAAGUGCUCCUACACUGUACUACCUUAUUCCAGGAGAAAACCUCUGUCCUAUAAAUUGAAUUCGCUAUAGCCAAGCUUGGAAGUAACUGGCAAACAUGAUAUAGACUGGUAACAUCAAGAAUAUACAAGAGUAAUGUGUGGCAGGUAUGUGCAGCUACAGCUUUUCACCACUUCUGUAACUCUGGAUUCUUCAGUUAUGAUUAGCUUCCAUAGCUGUGCCCAGGCUACGACUGCUGUUAGUGGUAACGAGGACUGGAAUCGCCUUGUGGCUGAUGGAGAAGAAUAUCUGCUCUUCAUCUUCAUAAAGGCUGCUCUAAUCAGCUUCUGACUGGCCUUUUGCUAAGAAUAAAGGUUUUGGUCAGUAAAA